UGUCAGCCAUCAAAGCGAUAUAAUGGCUCAGGCAGCCGUUAAAAUAUGUGAAAUUUGUGUAAGUGCUUCAGUAACACAAUACUGCUUAGAGUGUGAACAAUACUUUUGUGAAAAUUGUAAAAUCUUUCAUAAAAGAUAAAAAGUAACAAAAAAUCACCAGUUUCAGUCUUCCAUGGAUGUUAUUCCGGAAGUUAAAUCGAAAUGUAAGGACCAUAAUGAGGACGUAAGUUUUGUAUGUAAUACCUGUAGCGUAGUAGUGUGCAGCGAUUGUGUGACCGGAAGUCAUAAAGGACAUGAAUUUUCCAACCUGAUGGACAGCAUGUCACAGCUGAAAGAGAAUGAAAAAGACCUGCAAAGAAAGGUAAAUGAGGCAACCCAAAACAUUAAAAAGAUAGAAGACGGUUCAAAGGCAUUUGAUGGAAUGGUUGAAGUAGUAGUCAAAGCUAUUAUAAAAGAUGGUACAAAGAUCAAAGCUAUGGUUGAUAAACAGAUAGCCAAGAUGGUUGCGUCAGUCAAAGAUCAAUCCAAGAAUGAAAAAGAAAAAAUUGCAAAAAGCAUAGCCGACAAUAAAUCAGUGUUUAAGGUUGGAAGUGACUUACUUAAGAAAAUAUAUGAACUUGAAAAAAGCAGAAACGACCGGAAACUGUUACAAUCUUUACAGAAGCUUUCAGAUGACGUAAAAAAGCUGUCAGAUGACGUAGCAAAGCUUACGAUAGAGCCUCAUUCUGAGUAUCCCAGCAAGCAUUAUACUACUACAAUAGCAACAGAUAACGACAUCAAACAGAUAUUGGGCAAAUUCACGAUAAGUAAUCAAUUGAAAGAUAUAGGAAAAUAUCUCUACAGAUGUCAACGAUGUGGAUGGGAGAAAAGAUCUAAACGGUAAGUAUUUGUAAUGACAUAAGCAACACGACGGGUGGCACAUGUGGAGCAGGAUUUGCUUACCCUUCCGGAGCACCUGAGAUCACCCACAGUAUUU